CCGGGUAGUGGAUCGAUACGUCGACAAAAGCAUCAUCGGCGUGUUGAAACCGCAUCUCUUCAAAUUCUUCAUAUUCUCGUCAUAGUGUACAAAAAGUACUGCACCAAUGCGGAAUGGAUGCCGGAAGGCAGACCAGUUCACUGGUUCCUGGUUGUCGAUGGAGAGUAUGCAGGCCCUACCUCCCCUCCACAACCAUGUGUUAUUCCCUAUGUCGUUAAAGAGGAUUUUCGGAUAGCUCGUGACAGUGUCCAAAAAUUCCUGGACGUCCUCGAACAGCAUAGACACAUGUGGCAAACAUAUAGGAAGCAGGAGGUCGACAAGUGGAAGGAUGCUUUGUCUUACUGGAAAGCCAUCUUCGUCGAGGUGGACGAUAUGAUCCAAGAGCAAAAGAAGAAGGAGACGGGAGAGGGUGAGGAAGAGGAUGUCAUCGGGGCGGACGAGCCCGAGAUCUACCCUAACGUCUUCUGGCCACAAUCAGUCCGAACUGUGGAGGAUGUUCAAGAAACCGACCCUCCUUCGCCAGAGGUUUCGCUUAUAUAUGUAGGACCGAGGGCGGGCCGUCCAAAAGUGGACUUCGACCCUCGGCGUCAUAUAAACAAAGAUGAUUUUGUGAUUGUUAGGCCACCCGAUGAGGAAUUGUCUCAAGGUGUCCCAUUUUGGGUUGGUAGAGCACAGUCUAAGGUUGUGGACGACCGCUCCUCUCCUCAUUUCGGUUGUUUAUGUAUACAGUGGUCGAACUCCAACCAGACCUCGGCCCUCGCAAGCGCUUCUAGCUCGUCUCACGACGGCGUCUCGCCAGACCGGAUUCCCAAUCUCGGUCUCUUCAUUUUGGACAAGAAUAUAUGGGAGUAUGAGCGAGUGAACUGUUCACGACGAUAUUUGAACAUCGAGUCGGAUGUUGCGUCGGAUGGGCAAGUUCCCGUGAUAUCGAGGAUGGGCGCCACCGCCGAUGACCUUGUGGUCGAUGGAGAUAUGGGUUGGAACUUCUGGUACCUGUACUCCUUGGAAGACGAAAUUGAUGUAGAGCCCCUCGGCGAGGAGGGAGAUCCAGAACCUGUCACUCCUGAAGAGAUGACGGACGCGUGGCGCGUCGUCUGUGCAAAGCAGAGUUGGUCAGACGCAGAUAGGAGGCAAGUAAAGCUUUGUGCCUGGUUUUGCCUGGGACAACUGGUUGUGCCUGCGCCGGUCAUCAUAGAUUAUUACAGUCGUCUUCGGGUAUUCAACCGUUAUACGACGGUUGUGACGCUGUUCACGGCCGUGAAGGUUGACGGUCGAAACAUAAGAGCGCUUUUCAUUGCAAGGGAGGAGUUCCGAGGAGUCACCCUCAAUUCUGUGCAAGCGUUUCGCAACCCCACGGUCGAGGGUGCGCUCAGACGCUUCAGAGAUCGGUUAUCGUACAAUGCGGCAUUAAGGAAGGAGAUCAACUUCAGAGUCGACUGUUUGGUGCACUCUCAGUUGCACUACCUUUUCGAUAACUGUGACGAGAUUUCAUGGAAAGUGGAAGAUAGGGACCGCAACUUAGAGGCUGUUUUUCAAGAGGAGGAAUACCGUCUCUCGACGACCCAUGAUGUGUACGACUGUCCGUACUGUCGCAACGGACAUCCUGAAUAUGUGUAAGGAAAGUGAUCCUCAAUAGGAGAGUAGUCUGACCGUUCCACAUGAAUGACGUGUUGGAAAUAAGUCAAGAUUAAGCGGCGGUUGCAGGACUUGCGCUCGCUUGCGAAGUGCGAAUUUAUUCUCACUUAUCAAACCACAUGAAUGACGUGUAGAAAAUAAGUCGAGAUUAAAAGGCGGUUAUAGAACUUCCGCUCUCUUGCGAAGAGCGAACAAAUUCUCAGUUAUCGA